AUGUCUUGUCUCUUGCCGCCGUUCAAGUGCCCACCAGGAAUAGAUAACAACACCUUCUCCUUCCACUCCAGACCUCUCCUCCAUCACCACCACCACCACCAUCAUGCAAAGGAUUUGUUUUUCCGAGCACAAUGCGCUUUAUCAACAACUACUUCCACAUCUGCUGCUGUGCUUGAAUUGGAGAAGUUGAGACUAUCUUCGUUAGAACCGCAUUUGAAUUCGGUUGCAGCUAACAGAACAUGGACAUAUACGGGGGCAGUCGGUCCACCUAAAGAGGAAACCUUCCAAGCAACUGUAGCUACAGAAACAGUUAUUACUAGCGAUGAAGCAGUCAUUUCAGCAGCAGCUGCUGAAGCAGUUGCUCUUGCCAGAGCAGCUGUCAAGGUUGCAAAAGAUGCUGCGGCCUUGAUUAACAACCAGUACUCCAUGAAAGCAGAAUCCAAGACAGCAAACACUUACACUUUCUCAUCAAUUCGGUCCCAACUCACUGAAGCAGAACGAGCCGACAUAUUAGGAGUUGAUGCGAAUGGAGAAGCCAGCCAAUCCACUGAGGACACUUCUAUCAAGGAGGAAUCUGAGUGUUUGGAGCCAACACUUGCAGAACUUUCCGUUCUAGAGGAAGAGCUUUCGGAAGAUAUAGCUGUGAGAUCAACAAAGCAAAACGAAAGGAAAGGGAGACGAGCUAGAGCAGCUGAGAAGGUUUCUUCUGCAGCAAAUGUUUCUACAAAAUCUAUUCCAACGAAUAGAAGAAAGCGUGGUUCUAUACAAGAAGUAGACCAUUCUGACCCUUUGCGUUAUUUGAGAUCUACCACUAGCACUUCGAGGCUUCUUACUUCUGCUGAAGAGUUGGAAUUUUCAGAAGGGAUACAGGACCUACUUAAAAUCGAACGGCUUCACAAGGAGCUUGUGGAGAGAUAUGGAGGCGAGCCAACAUUUGUACAAUGGGCUGCUGCGGCAGGAGUAGAUCAGAAGACCUUGAGGAGGCGCUUAAACCAUGGGACUAUUUGCAAGGAUAAGAUGAUAAAAUCAAACAUAAGGCUCGUCAUUUCCAUCGCCAAAAAUUAUCAAGGGUCUGGGAUGAAUCUACAAGAUCUUGUUCAGGAAGGUUGCAGAGGCCUUGUAAGGGGUGCAGAGAAAUUUGAUGCUUCAAAGGGCUUCAAAUUCUCAACUUAUGCUCAUUGGUGGAUUAAACAGGCAGUUCGCAAGUCUCUCUCCGAUCAAUCGAGGACAAUUCGCUUACCUUUUCACAUGGUUGAGGCGUCCUACAAAGUGAAGGAGGCAAAGAGGGUAUUGUACAGUGAAAACGGAAGGCAGCCGAACAAUGAAGAAGUUGCAGAGGCAGCUGGGCUUUCCAUGAAAAGGCUUGAAGCUGUUCUGCUGACACCAAAAGCUCCAAGAUCUCUCGACCAGAAGAUGGGCGUCAACAUGGACCUCAAACCUUCGGAAGUGAUUGCUGACCCAGAUGCCGAAACAUCGGAGGAUCUGCUAAUGAAGCAAUUCAUGAAGCAGGAUCUAGAGAAGGUGCUAGAUACCUUAAAUCCGAGAGAAAGCCAAGUGAUCAGGUGGCGGUUUGGGCUGGACGAUGGAAGGAUGAAAACAUUGCAAGAGAUAGGGGAGUUGAUUGGAGUGAGCAGGGAGAGAAUACGGCAAAUCGAGUCCAGUGCCUUCCUGAAGCUAAAGAAUAAGAAAAGGACCAAACAGUUGGAGCAGUAUGUGGUUUCAUGA